AUGGCUGUAGCUAAAGAAGACAUUUAUCCUAAAAAGAUUCUGGAGUACAUGGAGGGUUUCAUGAUGUCGAAGACUCUGUUCGUGGCGUGUGAGUUAGGGGUGUUCGAUCACCUACAUGCCUCAGAGCGCCCCCUGACCGCAGAGGAAGUAGCGCAAGAGUUGGGGACAAGUAAAGAUGGAACAGAGCGACUUCUUUCAGCUUGUGUUGGACUUGAGCUCCUGAUCGCACAGUCCGAUGAAACAGGGCAAGUCGUCUACAGUAACGCAGAAAUGUCCUCCAUGUUUCUGACGAAAUCGAGCCCGAGAUCUCUUUAUCACUCGAUUGAGUACAACUCCAACACUAUUUACCUGUGCUGGCGUUACCUGACUGACGCAAUCAGAGAGGGAACGAAUCAGUACGAGAAAGCUUUCGGCAUUAGCUCCAAGGAUCUGUUUAAAGCCCUGUACAGGUCUGCGGAGGAAAUGGUGAAGUUCAUGCAGCUGAUGAACUCCAUCUGGAACAUCUGUGGCCAAGAUGUGAUCACUGCCUUCAACCUUUCUCAGUUCAGGAGCAUCUGCGAUCUCGGAGGGUGCAGUGGAGCUCUGGCGAAGCAGUGUGUGUCGAUUUACCCGACAUGCAAAGUCACCAUCUUUGAUUUGCCGGAAGUCGUAAGAGUGUGUCGUGAUCACUUCCUGUCUGAGGAGAACGAGAGAAUAUUAUUACAUGAAGGAGACUUUUUUAAUGAUGAUCUUCCCGAGGCCGAUCUCUACAUCCUGGCAAGGAUUCUGCACGACUGGACAGAUGACCGAUGUAUAGAUCUGCUGAACAAAGUUUACCAAGCUUGCAGACCAGGAGGUGGUGUGUUAGUGAUCGAGUCUCUCCUAUAUGAAGAUGACACUGGCCCUCUCUCCGCUCAGCUCUACACACUCAACAUGCUGGUUCAGACAGAGGGUCGAGAGCGAAAAGCGUCUGAGUACACACACCUGCUGGACGCCGCCGGGUUCAGGGACACACACGUCCACAUGACAGGGAAACUCUACCACAGCAUCCUCGCACGCAAAAUGACAGAAUAACGUUUACCAAUACGGACAAAGAGACAGACAGAUCAUGUUUUACCAACAGUGAAAAAGUUUUGUGAUUCUUUUACGAACCUUAAAAUCAGCUUUAACUGUUCUAUUCCUCAUCCUUUUCUUUCAUUUUAAACACAAGUAACAUUUAUUUUACUUUCUUUUACAACCUAUGUGCAUGUUUUAGAUUAAUUACUGGAUACAUUAAUAUAUUUUUUUUCACAAUGUAUUUUUUUUUAUUCCAC